UUUUUAGACAGGUCACUGCAAAAGCGGAAAAUGGCGGCGCAGGGUAAGAAGAAGAUGAAAGGGAAGACUAUCAAUCUGACAGAGUUUCUGUCAGAUGACAAAGGGGGAGGCCCUGUCCCAACAUUCUCGUCCAACAAAAUAGACUGGGCAGCAGAAAUGGACUCCAAUGAGCUGGAUGACAUGGAUUUAGACAUGCAUCGAUCAUUGAUCGAUAGAUCCAAAUUACCAACGGCUCCAAAAGCAGCUCGUGGUCCAGACAUUGACCUCAGUCGCGUCCCUGCUCAGCCACCAUAUACAGCCUUCGUUGGAAACCUGCCUUACGACUCCACGGAAGAACUUAUUGCUAACUUUUUCAAAAAUCAGAAGGUGGUAAACGUGAGAUUGCCCACAGACCAAGGAAGAUUAAGGGGUUUCGGAUAUGUGGAGUUUGAGGACAGACAAUCAUUGAUAGAUGCUCUGGGAUUAAAUGAUGAGAACAUGGGUGGAAGAAAGAUGCGAGUGGACUUAGCUGGACAGGCUCAGAAUGAAAACCAGAAGGGAGGAUUUGGAGACCGAAGAAAUGAGGGCCCCGACAGAACAGACUCUGAUUGGAGAAGAGGACCCCCACCGGACUCAGAUUUUGACAGAAAUGACAGAUAUCAAGACAGAAGAGGGGAUAGUGAUAGAUGGGGAGGGGGAAGAGGAUUUGAGGAUAGGGGUUCAUCAAGGGGUUUUGAUAGAGAUGAAAGGGGCCCAUCAAGGGGUUUUGACAGAGAUGACAGGGGCCCAUCAAGGGGUUUUGACAGAGAUGACAGGGGCCCAUCAAGGGGUUUUGACAGAGAUGACAGGGGCCCAUCAAGGGGAUUUGAAAGAGAUGACAGGGGCCCAUCAAGGGGUUUUGACAGAGAUGACAGAGGUCCAAGGGGUUAUGACAGAGAUCGAGGAUAUGACCGUGACAGGGGAUUUGACAGAGGUGGGGGUCAAAGAGAUGACUGGAAUUCUAGAAGAGAUUUUGAUGAUAGGGGUCCAUCCAGGGGCUUUGAUCGUGAUGGUGGUCGAGGAUACAGAGACCGGGGAUAUGAUCAGGGAGAUAGAGGUGAUAGAGGCUUUGACAGAAGGUCCAGGGAUCGAUAUGAUGACAGAGAACGGGGUUUUGGAUCCGGUUUCAGAAGAGAUGAUAGAAGAGAUGAUGGCCAUGACAGACCGAGGUAUGACAGACAAAGAAGUCCGGAAUCGAGUCGAGAGGCCCCAGCUGAACGACCACGGUUGAACCUUCAACCCAGAACCAAACCUGUUGAAAAUGAGGGUAAGAAGAAUACAGAAGAAAAGAAGGCAUCCAUCUUUGGAGGUGCCAAACCUGUGGACACAGCAGCCAAGGAAAGGGAGAUUGAGGAAAGACUGGCCAGACAAAAGCUGGAGGAAUCUCGGCGGGCCGAGGAUGAGAAGGAGAACAGAAAUAUUAGACCACGUAAAGAUAGUGAGAAUUCUCAAGAUGGAAAUAGACGGGACUCAUAUGAUGGCAGUAGACGGGACUCGCAUGAGGGCAGCAGACGAGAACGAAGACUCAGCAGCAAUAGUUCUAGCAAAGGGGGGCGCUCGGGUCAUGCACAAGGUCGUCCCAGAAAAGACAGUGAAAAAUCCAACCACUCCCAGGACGUCUUCUCGGGCGGAGAAGAUGGCAAGGAAGAACCCAAAAGUCCACUGUCUCCGAUACACAGAGAAGACCCAGUGAAGCUAGUGCCAGCCCCACCCCCUUCAACCAAUCCCUGGGAUAAACGAAAACCUGUUCAGAAACAAGGCCCUCCUUCUGAUGAUGUAAAGUCCCCACAGAGGAGCAACUCCCAAGUCCCUGCCAAGAUUGAAUCUAAGUCAAAUCCUACACCUGCAGACCCACCAGCAACAAAUGCUUGGAGCAGAGGCAAACCAGCUGACUUGAGGCCUUCAGAAAACAAAGGUAAACCAGAAGAAAGAGGAAGUUUUCCAGGUGAAGGAAGGGGUGGAUCCAGUAGAGGUGGACGAGGGCGAGGGGCACCCAUGCGUGGACGAGGAGGCAAACAGAAAGCCUUAAGGGAAAAAGCAAUCCCAAAAUCUCUUGAUGAAAUGCCCAAGUACGAAGAAAAGAAAGAAAAGGUUUGGACAGAUGCCAACAAGUUUGCAGGCCUUAUCAGUGAUGAGGAAGAGGUGGUGGAGUAAAGGUCAAAUUGUGGAUGUCCUUAACAGAAAACUGGAUCAUAAAUUGGCUAUUUUAUUUAUUGAUUUUAUCCUUUGUAAUGAUUGAUAUUACAAACUGUCCUUUGCAAUUAUAUUCACAGAAGGCUGUACAGAAGUUGAUGAAUUUUAUUACUAUGUAAUGAUUGUAAAAUUGAAAUCAUGCAAUGAAUAGUUACUCAUGCACUGCAAUUAUCACCUGGGAAUAAAUCCAUACUGUUUAAAUAUUGUGUGUUCAGCAUGGAUUCUCUAGGGAUUGUGACAAUCUGUUUGCAUUUGGAAGCUUUUCUUUUUUUGGUUAUCAUGAUGUUGAAUUUUGAUACCUUUAAUAGUUGUUACUAUGGUUACUUGAAGUACAUAUUUAUUGUAAUUAUAUAGAUACUAAAUUUGUACUUCAUUUGAUUUUUUUAUGAUUGAGCUGCAAAGAUUAAGAUAGCUAAGCUAAUAUUACUCCCUUGUAAUCAAAAGCUAGGGAGAAAUAUUUUAUUUAAUAGAGUUCAGCACUAUGAUUGUCACAUUAAAUCUUUGAUGUUGUUUACAAAAACAUUCUGGAUUAUAAAAAAAAUUACUUUUGCAGUUGAUUAUGCAAAAUAUUUUCUGGUGCAGUUGUAGUAUAUGAAACUGUAUUACUUGUACGAAAGUAAAUACAUAUAUAUGUCAUGAAGCUGACAAACAGCAGUUGCUUCGAUUUGUGGUUUGUCAAAAUCUAACAUAUCAAGCUUUUAUGAGCAUACCGGAGCAGUCCCAUUGGCAGUUUAUGAGUUCAUAGUGGUCUGUAGUACUUCCUGGUUACUAGUGCUACAUCAUUAACUGUUGCAUACCAAACUUUUUUACUGCAGCAAACAUCCACAGAAAAUGUUUAGUUGUGUGUUGGCAUUACAGAAGUGGAUGUACUCCAAAUUUCAGUCAUUUUUGUAUGCAUAUUCUCCGUAUGCUUUUGACCUAGGAGAAAACUAGUGCAUUAUUGUAAAUGCUGGCAUACAUAACAGUUUUGAAUUUUGAUGUUCAUCAUUACAAAUCUAUUUUUUUUUCUGGGACAUUUAAUGUUUUCGACCACCAUCUGCUUGUGUGCCAUUGCUUUCUAUAACUCGGCAUACAUGUAUAUUAUACGGUGGCUGUUCCAAUGAGUGUUCAUUACUGUAAAUAUUCCAUGCUUUUUUUCUCUAUCACCAGGUAUUAUAAAUGAAUGUAUGAAUGCGUGAGAAAUAUUGGUAAAUAAAGCAAGCAUUUCUCUAA